ACGUAAAACGAAAACGGCGGGGAUUGACGCUAGCUUCUCUUCCAAGGACGACAGCUUAAUGGUUAUGAGCUGUAACCAGGCGUAAUUAAUUGCCUUGUGCCGUGAUUAGCUUCUUCGCCUUCGUCUCUUUGAUUCACCCUGAAAUCCCGGUAUCGAAUCAAGGGGUUUCCAUGUGUCGUUGUGAUCCAAUCUAUAAUACUAACACCCACUGAAUCCACAACGACAAAGAAGGUGAAUGUGGUAUAGUGGGGUUUGAGUCAGCCAUCGAAGUCGAAGUGACGCGUGAAAUUGCUCAGAAUUACAAAACCUGGGGAUUUUCGUGUCGUCUUUGACAGGGCAGAGAUCAGAAAACGUCAAGGAGAGUGGCAAAUCAUCAGCUUUUAGCAGCCAUACUGGCAAGUGAAGGUUAUAUAGGAGGAGUAAUGGAUGAGCAGCAGCUUGAUGUCGUAUUGGUGCCUCUGGGUCUGGUGGUGUUGGGGACAUAUCACGUUUGGCUUCUCUUUACUAUACUUCGGGAUCCAUAUCGGACUGUCAUUGGCCUUAACGCUUUGUCUCGUCACCAGUGGGUUACUUCCAUGAUGACUGAUCCCUAUAAAAACGGGGUUUUGGCAGUUCAGGCAAUUCGCAACAAUAUCAUGGCAUCUACUCUUCUUGCUACAGCGGCAGUCACACUUAGUUCAUUGAUUGGUGUUUUUUCAAGCGAUAAUUCAACAUCCAAAUUGCUUUAUGGCAAUAGGGGAUCUCUUUGUGCUGCAAUCAAGCGCCUUUCUAUCUCGGUAUGCUUUCUUAUCGCAUUUCUAUGCAAUGUGCAAUCUAUUAGAUGCUAUGCACAUGUCAGCUUCUUAAUUACAGCACCUGCACUGAAAGGUAAAAAGGAUCUUAUUGAGUAUGUUUCAAAAACCUUGAAUCGUGGGAGUUUUGCUUGGUCCCUUGGUUUGAGAGCAUUUUACUUGUCAUUUGCUCUUGUUCUCUGGAUUUAUGGACCCAUACCUAUGUUUGCAUGCUGCUGCUUGACUUGUUUUAUAUUGUACUUCUUGGAUACAACGACUCGAAUCACCCGUGAUCUUCACAGCAAGUCAUUCAAGGAGAGGGAAAAUGAAGAUGUAGCUGAAUCAGCGUAAGUCUGUUAUUGUAUCCCUAGUUGCACCAGCUGAAUUAGAAUCAACUGGUGAUGUCUUAGCCCCAAGUUUAGUUGUGUGUUGUGUAUAGUAAUCUAUGAAAUGAGGCUUAUUGAUAGAGCGUAGUCGAAGACACCUAGCGGAGUAAGUGUUGUUGUUAAUCUCUGAAAUAGUAUUUGUGUGUAUGUUUUGGGUGAUAGAAAGGCUAUGUAAAAAGUAUAGUUUAGGAAGAAAUCUUUUGUUGGAAGAAAUUUAAAUCGUGUUUACUAUUAGAUUUUCUGAUAAAAAAGGAUAUAUGGAUGUAUGCAUUGAUGAAUUAUAAACAAUUUUAAAACUGCAUAAAUUAUUAUUUUUAUUA